AUGGAUGGAGAUGUGAUGAUUGCUGGGUUUUUCCCUCUCUACACUUUGGGAACAGAUCUUAGUAACACCGAUGCUUUUGAGCAUGAAGCGAACAAGCCGUUUACUUUCAAGAACUACCAGUUUGUUUUGGCCUUGGCUUUUGCUAUUGAAGAGAUCAACAAAAACCCUGAUCUUUUACAUAACUUGACUCUGGGAUUUGAUAUCUAUGACGUUCAAUAUGGAACAAGGACAACAUUUAAAAAUCCCUUCAUUUGUCUCUUUGGAAAGUACAAGAUUCCAAACUAUAACUGUAUGAGAGAGAACAAGUCAAUAGCAGUACUUACAGGAAUGUCAGGAGCACUGUCUACCCAGAUUGGGACACUGCUGGACCUGUACAGGUUUCCACAGAUUACCUCUGGGCCUUUUGAUCAUGCCCUGAGCAACAACAACAAGUUUCCUGCUCUCUAUCAAGUGGCCCCAAAGGACACAUCGAUAGCAACUGCCAUGGUCUUAUUACUGCUUCACUUCAGCUGGAAUUGGGUGGGACUAAUAACCUUAGAGGAUGAGAAUGGUUUGUGGCUUCAUCCUGCAUUGAAAGAAGAGAUGGCCAAGAACAGAGUUUGUGUAGCUUUUGAGGUAGUGAUCCUAAAUUUUGCCUUGUCUUAUGCAUUAAAAUUUAUGGCACAUUAUAACCAGAUUAAUAAAUCUUCAGCCAAUGUCAUCAUCACAUAUGCUGAUAAUGAAUCCAUACUACAGAUUAUAAUGUGUGCUGAUCAAUUUUUAAUAGAAGGGAAAGUUUUUAUCAUGAACUCAGAGUGGAAUUUAACCAUGAGAAAAAGAUAUUUUAUUCUAGGUUCAUUCCAUGUACCUCUCAUUUUUGCACACCGUCACCCAGAUGUUUCUGGAUUCACAGAUUUUAUCAAAGCAGUUAACCCUUCCAAGUACUCAGAAGACUUUUUCCUUUCCAGGCUGUGGUUUCUCUCUUUUAAUUGCUCAGAUUCUAAGCCUGACUGUAUAAUAUGGGAGAACUGUCCUCAUGAUGCCUCCUUGGAUUGGUUGCCUGGACACAUUUUUGACAUGACUAUGUCUGGAGACAGUUACAAUAUAUACAAUGCUGUGUAUGCUGUGGCCCAGGCUCUCCAUGAGAUGCUUCUUCAUCAAACAGAAGCAAAAACAAUGGGAAAUAGAAAAGGGACAUUGUCUUCCCCCACACAGAUGCAUCCUUUUCUAAAGAACAUCCAAUUUCACAAUCCUGCUGGAGAUCAAGUGAUUUUGCAUGAAAAAAGGAAAUUGGAGGCAGAGUAUGACAUUGUGAACAGUUGGAAAUUUCCAGAAGGUCUUAUGCUUGAAGUGAAAGUAGGAAAGUUUUCUCCAUACUCACUACAUGGCAAUCAACUAUCUUUAUCUGAUAAUAUGGUAGAGUGGUCCAUAGAAAAUACAGAGCCUCCUCUCUCUGUCUGCAGUGAGAAUUGUGGUCCUGGAUUCAGAAAAUCCCCUCAGGAGGGAAAGGCUGCCUGUUGCUUUGAUUGUACCCAUUGCUCAGAGAAUGAGAUGUCUAAUUGGACAAAUAUGGAGCAGUGUAUGAAAUGUCCAGAUCACCAGUACGCCAACACAGAGAGAAACCAGUGCCUCCUAAAAACUGCAAGUUUCCUGGCUUAUGGAGAGCCUUUGGGGAUGGGCUUGGCCUGCAUGGCUCUUUGUUUAUGUACACUCACAGCAGUUGUUCUUGGAGUCUUUGUGAAACAUCACAACACCCCCGUUGUCAAGGCUAACAACCAGACUCUCAGCUACAUCCUGCUCAUCUCCCUCAUCUUCUGUUUUCUCUGUCCCUUGCUUUUUAUUGGCCGUCCAAACACAGCCACCUGCAUUCUACAGCAAACCACAUUUGGACUUGCAUUCACUAUAGCUGUUUCUGCUGUCUUGGCCAAAACUGUAACUGUGGUUCUGGCUUUCAAGGUCACAUCUCCAGGGAGAAGGAUGAGGUGGCUACUGCUAUCAGGGGCUCCUAACUUCAUCAUUCCCAUCUGUACUCUGAUCCAGGUGACUCUCUGUGGACUCUGACUGGGGAUUUCCCCUCCCUUCCUUGACACAGAUGCACAUUCUAAAUUUGGCCAUGUGAUAAUCCUGUGUAACAAGGGCUCCCUCACUGCUUUCUACUGUGUCUUGGGAUACCUGGUUUUCCUGGCCCUGGCCAGCUUCACUGUGGCUUUCUUGGUCAGGAACCUGCCUGAUAUCUUCAAUGAAGCCAAGUUCCUGACCUUCAGCAUGCUAGUGUUCUGCAGUGUCUGGCUCACUUUCCUGCCUGUUUACCACAGUGCCAAGGGGAAAGUCUUGGUGGCUACAGAGGUUUUCUCCAUCUUGGCUUCAAGUGCAGGACUCCUGGGCUGCAUCUUUGCCCCCAAGUGCUAUAUCAUUUUAUUAAGGCCUGAAAGAAAUUUUCUGCAUGGCUUCCGAGAUAAAACCCACAUUGGUAGAAGUAAGCCCUCUUAA